GAACAACUCACUCAGAAACCAAAUUGAAAAUGCUGCUAAAAUUGACAUUAAUUCUCUUCAGUUUAAUCUUCAUGUUUCUCCCUGGUAAAUUUGUCUAUUCGUGUAUCUACAAAGCAGUGGGUGAUGAAGCUGUAAUUCCAUUUGAUGGUGCAAGACUGUCAGCGUACAACGAACUAAGAUGGACACAUAAUCAAAUGAGAGUUUAUUUUAAAAAAGGCUCACAAGUUAGGCUCAGUGAGCUCAACGUUGAUGAAUAUGGAUCCCUGAUACUGGAGAAUGUACAGAAAGACAAAUCUGGGGAGUACAAGGGCAUCAUGUAUGGUGCAGACGGAAAAUUAAUAAAGGAAACCGUACAACAGCUCUGUGUACAAGAGCCAGUGCCUGAACCUACAGUUUUGGUUGAAUGUGUAGAAAAAGGAGUAAAUCUGACUUGUAGUGCAGUGAACAAUGAGUCAAUGGUUGUGUCCUGGAUGAAAAAUGGCAUAAAGGCAAAUGUGACACUUGCCGUUUUACACGUCAGCUCAUCUGAGCUCAAAUUUGGAGAUAAUUUCUCAUGUACAGUCAGCAACAGGAUAAGCCAGAAGUCAGCAAAAAAGUUCAGCCAGUGUGCCCUGACAAAGGUGGAAAUGAAAAUAUUUGGCAAAUGGUCAUUUAUCUAUGCUGAGUUCUAUGGAUAUGAGUCUAAGAAAUUAUUUGGCUUGGAUUUGUGGUUGAUGCUGGUGAUCCUGACAGGGGGAGGAAGUUUCCUCAUACUCUUCAUCAUCUGUCUAGUCUGUGUCUGCCGCUCCGGACGACGAAACAAGAGGAAAGCAAAAGAGGAAGAAGAGUACCGACUAGCAAAUCUAAUGCCAGACCAAACAAAUCAGCCUGAUGAGCAGUACAUGCAGCAAACCACAUCGCAGAGGGCUUCCAAAAGCCAGCGUCCUCUUCCACCCUUACCCAUCCCCCAUGACCCUUCUUAUUUCGGACCCACAUAAGACAACAACCUAGCCUUCAAGAGACAUUGAGACCAAUACCAAGACCAAUGCUAAAUGGAAUAUUGUUUAUUCCAUAUAUAGAAUUGAUGAUAUACACUUUUGGUCACAGAUGUUAAGUAAUAAUUUAAUAAUAAAAAUCAAGAAAUAAAAUAAUAUAUUUUUGUAUUGUAUGUAAAAGAUUUGGAUGCAUCCUUUAAUUUGGUUUUAUUUUUACUACUUUGAGCAAUUUAUAAUAAUUGUACAGUCAUCAAUAAAGCAGAACAAAUGGAAACAUGA